CGGUCGCUCAUUAGCUGCGGCGGCCGCUCGGGUCGGCCCGGGCGGGGCGCGGGCCGCCGCGGCGGAGGACAGACGAGUCGGGAGGAGAGGGACGGAGCAGCCCCGCCCGGGCGCGAGUCGGCCGCUCCGGCUGCCAUGGAGGACGGAGUCUAUGUGCCCCCUGACCUGACGGUGGAGGAGCGGCUGGAGCUGGAGAGCAUCCGGCGGCGCAAGCAGGAGCUGCUGGGGGAGAUCCAGCGGCUGCGGGAGGAGCUGAGUGAGGCCAUGAGUGAGGUCGAGGGGCUGGAGGCCAACGAGGGCAGUCAAAACCUCCAGAGGAACCGAAAGAUGGGGAUGGGCCGCAAGAAAUUCAACAUGGACCCCAAAAAGGGGAUCCAGUUCCUGGUGGAGAACGAGCUGCUGCGGCACACGGCCGAGGACAUCGCCCGCUUCCUCUACAAGGGCGAGGGGCUCAACAAGACUGCCAUCGGCGACUACCUGGGCGAGAGGGAAGAGUUCAAUAUUGGGGUGCUGCAUGCCUUUGUGGACCUCCACGAGUUCACAGACCUUAACCUGGUGCAGGCGCUGAGGCAGUUCCUGUGGAGCUUCCGGCUGCCGGGGGAGGCGCAGAAGAUCGAUCGGAUGAUGGAGGCCUUUGCCCAGCGCUACUGCCUCUGCAACCCUGGCGUCUUCCAGUGCACGGACACCUGCUACGUGCUCUCCUUCGCCGUCAUCAUGCUCAACACCAGCCUGCACAACCCCAACGUGCGGGACAAGCCUUCGGCCGAGCGCUUCGUCGCCAUGAACCGCAGCAUCAAUGACGGCGGCGACCUGCCAGAGGAGCUGCUGCGGAACCUGUACGAGAGCAUCCGCAGCGAGCCCUUCAAGAUCCGAGAUGACGGCAAUGACCUGACCCACACCUUUUUCAACCCCGACCGUGAGGGCUGGCUGCUCAAACUGGGUGGGAGGGUGAAGACGUGGAAGCGGCGCUGGUUCAUCCUCACCGACAACUGUCUCUACUACUUCGAGUACACUACGGACAAGGAGCCGCGGGGCAUCAUCCCCCUGGAGAACCUGAGCAUCCGUGAGGUGGAGGACCCCCGCAAGCCGCACUGCUUCGAGCUCUACAUCCCCAACAACAAGGGGCAGCUGAUCAAGGCGUGCAAGACGGAGGCAGAUGGGCGGGUGGUGGAGGGGAACCAUGUUGUCUACCGCAUCUCUGCCCCCACCCGCGACCAGAAGGACGAGUGGAUCAAAUCCAUCCAGGCAGCGGUUAGCGUCGACCCCUUCUAUGAGAUGCUGGCUGCCCGCAAGAAGCGUAUUUCAGUGAAGAAGAAGCAGGAGCAGCCCUGAAGGGGGGCCGGGACCCCCUGGGAAACCCGCCCUGGACCAUGAGGGACACCCCCCACCCCCACCCCAAGGACCCUUCUGGACCACACGGGACCCCCCCAGGACCACGAGGGACCCUUCUGGAUCAUGUGGGAUGACACCCCCAGACCACAGGGGACCCUCCUGGACUAUGAGGGACCCCCCGCAAGGACCACAGUGGACCCCCCAAGACUAUGAGGGACCCCUCUGGACCACACAGGACCCUGUGGGACCCCCUGUGAUCAUGAGGAACCCCCCCCAAGACAACCCUGGACCUCUCCAGGACUGUGAGGAGACACCCCCUGCCCCGGGCCCCCUUUAACCCCUCAGGUGACUCCCCCAUGAACCACAAGGCACCUUGAGGGACCCCCAAGGACAAUAUGGGAUCCCCUGGCUCUUGGGGGUCCCCUCCCCAAACCCUGAAAGGAUGCCCCUGGGACCGCAAGCUGCCCACCCCCCACCCCACCCCUCUUUGAGGGACCUCUGGUACAACACGGGGUCCCACCCUGGGCCCCCCCUUUGGCGACACACACAACCCCCCUCUAUGUGUGUGCGUGGACACAGACCCUCCCACGCAUGCACCCCGUGGGGCAUGUGGGGGGGGGGCACACACGUGUGAGUGGGGCUUCUGCUGGGCAGAAGCAGGAGGCUGGCGUGUGUGAGGUGGGUGCACAGACAAACCUUGUCUGCAGCUUCCCCACCUGACCCCCAGCGCCCCCCCAGUCCUCCCAGUUUGGCGUGAGGGUGGUGUCUGAGGAGUCUCUGCCUUCCCCCCCCCCCCCCCUAUUUAUGGCUCUGCCCCAUUAAAGCUGGUGAACACA